UCCAGUCUCAGGGAACCACUGCUAAAAAUUACAAUGUCUUCCACCCAUGAUAAAUUAGCGUGAUGAAAGCUACUGGUAAACAGGGGCGGACUGACAACUCAUGGGGCCCCCGGGCAAUAGGGGAUCAUGGGGCCCCUGUGUCCUUGCCCAAACUCAAAAAAGCCUAUGAAAAAAGGUACCAGGGGCAUCUCAUGGGGCCCCCUACUGACCCCAGGCCCUUGGGCAGUGCCCGAGUUUCCAAAUGGUCAGUCCGCCCGUGCUGGUAA